AUAAAGCAGAAGUCCGUCUUAUCACCAAUUCACCAGUCUAACAGAAAACUAAAAGGAUUAGGGAUUAACAAACUUCCUUAAGUAGACUUCGAGACGAAUUUUAACAUCGAAUUUGAACUGCUGAUAUCGAUAUUCAAAGGUUUGGAUCUUCUGAGGGACUAAGUCACUCCUGUCAGAAUGGGACUAAUGUUUCUCCCGCUUCUUGGCUCGCUCUCGGUGUCUGAGGGCCUUCUAGCUAUGGUGACAGUGUGCAUGGUGUACCUACUGCUACAAGUCCUGCGCAAGGAGGUCCCCAAGGGCCUCCAACGGCUUCCGGGCCCAAAACCGUUGCCAAUCAUCGGGAAUGUGCUAGAGCUGGGAAGAAAUCCCCACCUGAGUCUGACAGCCAUGAGUGAGCGAUAUGGCCCCAUCUUCCAGGUCCAGAUUGGUAUGCGCCCCGUAGUGGUGAUGGGUGGGAGCGAUGUAAUCCGGCAGGCACUCAUCAAGCAAGGGGAGGACUUUUCUGGCCGACCAGACCUUUACAGCUUCCAAUUCAUUAACAACGGGGAAAGCCUAGCCUUCAGCACAGACCAGUCUGGGGUGUGGCGUACCCGGCGUAAGCUGGCAAUGAACGCCCUGCGCUCCUUUUCCAACAUCGCGAGCACCACCACCAGCUACUCCUGCAUGCUGGAGGAGCACAUCUCCAGGGAGGCUGAGUACCUGAUCCGGCGGAUCAGCUCCGUCAUGGAGGCCAGCGGCAGCUUUGACCCCUUCCGUCACAUCGUAGUGUCCGUGACCAAUGUCAUCUGUGGAAUGUGCUUUGGUCGCCGCUACAGCCAUGAUGACCAGGAGCUGCUCAGCUUCGUCAACCUGAGUGACGAGUUUAAUCAGGUGGCGGGCAGCGGUAAUCCCGCUGAUUUCAUUCCCUUUCUGCGCUUCCUGCCCAGUGGAACCAUGAAAACCUUCCAGGACAUCAACUUGCGUUUCAACAUCUUUGUAGAGAAGAUUGUCAGAGAUCAUUACAUUAACUAUGACAAGAAUAACAUCCGUGACAUCACAGACUCACUCAUAGAUCACUGUGAGGAGAGGAAAUUGGAUGAAAACUCAAACAUCCAGGUGUCUGACCGGAAGAUUGUCAGCAUUGUCAAUGAUCUCUUUGGAGCUGGUUUUGACACGAUUAGCACUGUACUGUCUUGGUCGGUUGUGUAUUUGGUUGCUCACCCUGAUAUCCAAGAGAAACUCUACCAUGAGCUACAGGAGAACGUGGGAAUGAAUCGUACCCCCUGUUUCUCUGACAAGGCCAAUCUACCCCUCCUCGAAGCCUUUAUCCUGGAGAUCUUCCGCCACUCCUCCUUCUUACCCUUCACUAUACCACACUGCACUACUAAAGACACAUCUCUCAAUGGAUAUUUCAUUCCCAAGAACACUUGUGUCUUCAUAAACCAGUGGCAAGUCAACCAUGACCCAGCAUUAUGGAAAGAUCCUUCCUCAUUUUGUCCGGAGCGUUUCCUGAAUGCUGAUGGAAUGGCGGUGAACAAGCUGGAGGCGGAGAAGGUGCUGAUAUUCGGCCUGGGGAAACGGCGCUGCGUUGGCGAGUCUAUCGCUCGUUCCGAGGUCUUCCUGUUUCUGGCCAUCCUGCUUCAGAAGUUGCAAUUCCACGAGAAGGCUGGACACACCCUCGAUAUGACACCAGAGUACGGCCUCACCAUGAAGCACAAGCGCUGUCAGCUGUGUGCUACUCUGCGGUUGUGAGCCCAAAGUAAAGAAAAGAGCCAAGUGCAGGAAGGUUAGUUUAUAGAGCUCAUGCCGAUUUGAGAAUUGAGCCUUGUCUUGCUGCUUCAGAAGGUCAUAUUCUGUUUUAGAUAUGAAUGGGCAAGUUAGUUCACUGACUUUUACACUGAACAGUUACCCUAUAGAUCUUCAACAAGUAAUAUUUCUUCUGAUUGCAAAGCAUUUUCAUCUCAAAAUGGAGAGAUGCAUUUUUAUUAUUAGGUACAGUUGAGUUGAUGUUGACUCCUGGCAACCAUAUAGGAAGCAAGUCUCCAGAUUGGCUUCCAGUUUGGGUCUUCCCCGUGGCCUGCUCAUUGUUGCAAUGGAACACAAGUGUAGGAUGUGACAAAGAACAUGUGCAGUGUUGUCAGUGUGGUUUGUAUUUAGGCAUAAUUGUCCCCCGGGGAAGCUAAUACUAGUAGAAGCUCUGUUGCAAUAUUACAGGGAUAACUGGCAUUUUCAAUUAGCAACAAUAUUACACAAUCUCCAUUGCCUAAAAGACUUACAUAGUAUACUGGGAGAGUAGCAGUGUAACUCCUUUGGAAUCCCAAGGGACAGACUUUUUUAAACAUUGAAAUUGAAUAGCAGUAUCAUUCUGUCUGCAUGGUUUUCGUGUUCUACGAUCACCUCUCUCUGAAAGUUUUACAUUGAUGCUUACAUGAUUUAUGUGACUUCAGUAGUACCGAACCAUUAUGCAACUGCUGUAGAAAGAAGAAUGUUGCUUGUCUGUAACAUAAUGUUACAAAAAGAAGUUAAGACGUUUACCAUGAAAAUGCACACCCAGGAAUAAUUCUUCUGAGUUUAUUUUAUCUGAAUUAAAAACACAAGCUAAUUUGACUCUAUAUACUUGUAUCGUAAAAUGUAAUGACUGUAUAGAUAUGUACUUAUAGAGAACUAUGAUAGGUAACUAUAUAAACAGGUUACUGUUCAGGAAAUACAGCUCUGGAAAAAAUGAAGAGACCUCUCCAUAUUUUAAAAAAAAGAAAUUUGCAUUUUUAAAUCCUGGUUUAAUCCUGGUUCUGCUGGCAGAAGGCUACAUGGCUGGUUACUUCCAAGCUCAGAACUUCUAAGACAGCAGCACACAAGAAUAAGAUGAAGCAGGAGACACUGGGAACCACCAGAAACCAGUCAGGUAGAGGGCAGAAGCAACUUUCUAAUGGCAGAGAUGGCCAUCAACUUAUCCAACAAUGCCCUAUGAAUCGGAAGAUGACAUCAAGUGACCUUAAAAAGAAAUGGGAAACAUUAAGUGGUGUGAAGUGCACUGCUAGGACAGUUUGUAUCAGGCUCCUGGAAGUAGGACUGAAGUCCCAUAAAGCAAGGAAGAAGCCCUUCAUUAAUGAGAAACAGAGAAGUACCAGGCUGCAGUUCACAAAAAAAUAUAUAUUAUUCAGACGCACACUCAUAAGUUAAGAAAUGAAUGAAACAAAAAAAUUUGUGGUCUCUUAAUUUUUUCCAGGGCUGCAUAUAGAACAUUUUUUUACUAUAGCUCUGUUUCCAGGACACUGAAUGUUUUUAAUUGUAUUUUUAAAUUGUAUUAUUUUCUGCUCAUUUUUAAUGUCAGCCAUUUUUAAAAAGCAGCAAUAAAGAGCUGACGUGAUUAUUCUCUUCUGAUUCCACAUAUGUAAAGAGGCUAAUUGUGUAUAGUUCUUUCCUAUAAGCAUUAUCAUUUUUUACGCAAGACAGAGAAAUGAAUAAAAUACUCAUUCAUUUUUA